CGCAAGCUUUCAUGUCAGACAGGCGGCAGCUGUUCCCUCCCCCGCCCGCGCACCCGCUGCGCAGGCCAGAUGUGGUACCUAGCGGGCAGUCUUCCUAUUCCUCCUCACGUAGGACAUCGCCGGUGAUGUCACACCCUCCGAGUCCGUCUAUCACCCCCCCUCAGCCGUCCGAAGUUGUGUCUUCAACUACUUCUCCUGCGGCACCUGUCACACCUACAGAGGCACGAACGUUACAGCCUCACAGGAUUCCAGGCUCUGUUGAGGAUUUUUACGACGACGACUCCGGAGAUGACGACACAGUCACAUUGCGUACUAGGGACGAGGAAGGGCUGUCCGCCGAGGAGCUACGGGAACUCUACGAUGCAGAGGAGAUUGAGCGUUUCCUGAGCCUGUUCUCAUCUUACGUGACAGACGUCGAACUGCCACGCACCUCGUCCGAGACCGGCCAUCUCAAGACUCAGGAUGAGCCGGCCCUAGAACCCCCAGAUGCGUCUGAAGACGAAGGCAGUGGCUGGGUAGAUGCACAACAGGGCGUCCCCGCCACCCCAAGCCCGGCGUCUGAUCCCGUAUCGGACAAUCCGGAUCUCGGUCUGGGACCGGCCACUUGGGCUGCUUCGAAACUACUGCUCCUGCUUCCUCCGCCUCAGCCAUCGCAACCCCCUUUCUCGAUCAAAAGGGCGCGACUGGCGGCGAACCGUCUCUUCCUCGCCCUGGAACCAACGUAUUUUCCCAUCCUUAAGAGGUUAUGGGACCUAGCCACUUGGAAAGACUUCGGCACGAGUUUGUUCUACUGUUUUCUGUACUGGAUCAUGUGGUACAACGGUCUUCUACUUUCGGGCUUGUUGAUUCGAGUCCUCUACGCCCUGCUUCGCAGAAAGUACCUCCCUUAUCCAAAUGCAGCAGAGCUACGUCGAUAUCGACGUGAAUUGGAGCUCGCGGAAAAUUUUAGUAGAAGUGUCAUCUUGCGCGUUGCCACAUCCCCCGCAAUGAGCGUCCACGAUGCUUGGACUACAUUCAAAGAGUACAGAGCGUCGAGGAAACGAGCGAAAAACGAGACCGGCCUGAGUAUGUCAGGCGCCAAUGCAUCGACACCGCAGAUCGUGGUGGAAGAAGCUCUUCCGGACGCCGAAGAUGAACCAGGAAUGGCGGAGGAAGAGCUUGGAACUGUCACGCCUGAUCUUCUAGAGUCGGAGCAUGUCGCCACCCCCAUCAUGCACAUAGCGAACAGAAUUUCAGACGUACAUGAGCGUAUAAAAAACAUCUUCCUGUGGCGUCGCCGGAACGUUUCUUUCGCAUAUGCUUUGGUCUUAUUUGUACUUGGCUUGUUUACCGCAUUUGUGCCAGCAAAGUAUCUGGCGAAAUUGGUCACAAUGGGCUUAGGGGUAUUCUUUUGGCAUGUAAUUCCAGUGCUAGCCUCAUUGCCCCCGGCCGACCGUGCAAGAAUUCCUCCGCCUCUAAGACAUUCGUCUACUGACGCAGAAUACGCGAUGGAGCUCAUAUCACAGAGGGUGGCGCAAGGCUUGCCAGUCAAACCGAGGCGAAAGAAGAAGCGGACUCCCUUAAGCCGAGCUGACGUCGUAGACGGGGAUUCACUCAACAGUCUAGAAGCCGCAGACACUGCAGAGGACAGAGGUGUGGACUGGAACAAAUGGGGUGGCCGGGUCGUCAAGACGAAGGCUUGGGCAGGCGACGUGAAGCAAGUCUUCAAAGCAGGCAACUGGAAGAGUUUGGAUCGAUGGGCUACCAUCAACCCUCUCAACACGAGGGACACGCUCCUUUCGCAGAGCAGCCAGCAAAGUAUCGAGGCGCAUACUUUCCCUGCCCAGCGCAAAGGACCUGGUUUGAUCACGCUCACCGACUCUAUGCUGUACUAUACCCCACUUGCGUCAUCCACGCCCGAGCUCUCCAUCAAGCUGGGAGAUGUCCUGGCUGUGAAGAAGAGCGGGGUGGCGAGGGGGCUGAAGAUUCGCUGGAUCGAGCCGGACGCGAACGGAGUGGAAGAGGAGCGCACAGAAAGGUUCUUGUGGGUCGGUGACCGCGACAGUCUCUUUGCACAACUGGUAGGCUUUUACGGAAAUCGCCGGACCAAGGUAUGAGACUCGAUAACCGAGUAGAAUGAUGGCGCGUGUAGAUCUGUCGCAGACUUGAUGUGCGGAGGUUAUGCUGGAUUUGGCAGGUGUCGUGGAAGCUGUCGUGGCGCUAUUGCCGUCAACUUCGGAUGAAGAGCACUCAAUGUCUGCCAUUCCCUGGCAGUAAAUAUUAUACCUCCUGUCGCAAUCCUGCUCUUGUCCACUUUCCCCCAUCUUCGCCGUCCAGGCCGCCAUCGAGCGAGCUCCCCGUGCCACAACUUUGUGCUUUCCUCUCGCUGCGGAACUCGGGGUUGUAGCAUGUUCUUUACAACCGAAUUACUCUCGCGUCGCGAUAGUGGCUUCGGUCUCCUGUGGCUGGCGGCGACCUUGGGAGCAAAAUCGUCUUUCAGAAAGUUGCCCAGGCGUUCCGUGAUGACUGCGGACAUUUCAGAAUUGUGCACCCUCAUAGCUGAACCUGUUGAGCCACUGGCUUUACGUCUCUCGAGCAACCUGAUGAUUGGUGUCGCGCGCGUGUACAAGGUCAAGCAAGAAAUAUUACUGACCGACGUAACGACUUGUUUCAACACUCUGAAGAAAGUGACGCAGGAUAUGUACGCUGUAUCCUCUGCAGCGGCGCAGUUGCAAAUGGGCCAGCCCAGCGUCCGCCCGGACUUGGUAACGGCCGUCCCUGAUCCCACAGUCGCAUUCGCACUGGACUUCGACCAUUUGUUCCGAGGCUGGGACGAGCCAGUGAAUACGCAAGCAGGCUAUGCGAACGAAGAGGACGAAUCAGAGGAAGAAUACGACCCGAAUAAAGGUCGGAAAGCGAAGAAGAGGGGAAAAGCAAAAGCUAGCUCCAUCUCCCUCGCUGAACAGGGUCGUGCGGACCUGCACACCUUGCAGGAGGACCAUAGCUACCUCUUAUCCAGCUCCCUCGACGUAGCCCUUGAGGAGGAAGGUGGGGCUAUACCGUCGUCCUCCCAGUUUGGUGGGUUUCGCUUCGAUGACAACUUCCUCGACGGCGUAGACUUAAGCGGAGAGAUUGGUGAGGAGUUGGCGAGGGAGCUUGGUGAUGCAUGGGGUGUCUCUCAAAGAAUAGAAGACGAGCCCCUUCCUACGCGGGAUGUUGAGGACGUUGGAAUGCCCGCAUUUGACGAGGGCAUAGACGGCCAGCUGCAGCAAGAGCACGCAUUGCACGAGCCGGGCGCAGAUGCACCGGUGCCCGGCGCGUUAUCGAGCACUCCGCUUUCUGGUAAAGGCUUCGUCAUGCCUGCUGACAAUGCUGACAACGACGAUAGGUUUGCCAUGGAAGGGUCUGUAAUCCUACCGCUGUCUCCGCUAGGCUCGCAAGUCGACCGCGACAGCGCCGUCCACGAUGAACAGCGGAAACGGCCGAAGAAGGGUAAACGCGUCAGGCUACUUCUUGACGCACGGACGGAAUUGACGAAUGAAGAAUUGGAGCGGGCGCGGUCCAGUUAUCUGGAAAGCCAGGCUCUUCUCAAGCGUGAAUCGGAGCAGAAGAAGGCAGAAAAGGAGAGUGCGCGACUUAUCGAAGAGAUGAUCUGGGGUGUACCUCGAGGAGUGGCCGCUCCCGUGCUCAUAGAUUUCUGGCAAGAAAAUUUCAGGGUGCAGGUGGCAGCUCGCUCGGGAAGGCUUCAUCUCAUCACGGAGGGCGAGCCACCCAAGAAGCGUCAGAGACUCGAGAACGAUAUUACUGCGCCCGAGGACCGCCAAGCAUAUGAGCCGGACCGGCCUAUGCAGGACGCCAACCUUGACAUAGACUUGGCAUGGGGUGGCGGUGGAGGUGGCAAUGAACAUGCUAUGCAAGAUGAAUGGAAUAUGGAUUCUCGAAUGCGCUCGUCUGAAGAGCCCGGCCAAGGUCGCCGUGCUUCACGGCCUCCGUCGGCGUUCGGCAGUCAGUUCGAAGUAGAUGCUGUACCGGCGCGAUGCUACGGCUCAGGAUCUCAAAGGAGCAAUUUUUUCCCCUGGGAUAACGCCGCUGUCAGCUCAUCUGUGUCCGGAGUGGCUGCCGCUGCCCCCGGGGGAAGUGACCGGCUGAGCUUUACUCAUGCCGACUCACGCCUACGGGGAAGUUCUAUAGAUAAAGACAGCAUAACCGCUGGUGUCGUACCAGAGUCGCCUCCGUCCUUACGCGUGUCAGCGUCCCAUAGAGACAAUGUCUUCGAAUUCGACGUUCCCGCGAGUAUUGCGAAUGCAGAAGAUUCGCAGAUGUCGGAUGCUAGCGUAAUGACCUUGGAGAGGAAUUCUUUCAAUUUUUUGGAGUAUGCAAAGAUGCAGCUCAACGCUUUUCCAUCCGCUACUUCAUCACUGAAUUUCAGUGACGUUGUGCCUAUCGAGGCAAGUACAAGGCAUGUCGCCGCCGCUGCGUUCUAUCAUUGUCUGGUCUUGACAACCAAGGAUCUUCUUAGAGUCAAGCAGGAAGAGCCAUAUGGUGAAAUUGAAAUUGUAAUUCGCUGAAGGCACUAGAACUCUUCUCUUUUCUUCCAGACUUCCCUUUCUCGCAAUGGUUUGCUAUGCUUCCGCCUUUCCAUCCCUGCUUCAUCAGGCAAUUUUUAUCUAGCUUCCGCUGUCAUGCCGUCAAUACUGUCUUUUGAAGUCGAAUAUGUUAUACAACUGUGGUGCAAUAUCAAU